AUGGAAUUAUUGAGAAGUUUUGUCUUCUUCUUUGUUCUACACCUGCUACAGGGCUGCAAUUCUUCCCUGGUUCAACUAAAAGAAAAUGGUUAUGAAGGUAUUAUCAUUGCUAUACACCCCAUUGUGCCAGAAAAUGAAACAAUAAUUAAAGAAAUACAGGAUAUGAUGACUGAAGCUUCUACUUACCUGUUUAAAGCCACAGAAAACAAAAUUUUUUUCAAAAAUGUAAAUAUAUUAAUUCCUGGCACCUGGGAAGAAAAACCUCAAUAUGGGAGACCAAGACAUGAAAGCUACGCACAUGCUAAUGUGAUAGUUGCACCACCUGCAUUGCCAGGUAGAGAUGAACCAUAUACCAGACACUUUAAACAAUGUGGAGAAAGUGGCGAAUUCAUUCAUUUGACCCCUGAUUUUCUACUUGGAAACAAACAAAAUGAAUAUGGAUCAUCAGGCCGACUGCUUGUCCAUGAAUGGGCUCAUCUCCGCUGGGGAGUAUUUGAUGAGUACAAUGAGCACGAGCCAUUUUAUGCUGCUGCAAACAAAAAAAUUGAAGCAACAAGGUGUUCCAAAGAUAUCAAGGGUAAAAAUGGAGUUUAUAAGGAUCAAGGAGGCAACAGUGUACUCAGACCAUGCAGAUUUAAUUCUACUACAAAGCUAUAUGAAAAAGACUGUCAGUUCUUCCCUGAUAAAGAGCAAACUGCAAAAACAUCAAUAAUGUAUAUGCAAGCGAUAGAUUCUGUCAUUGAAUUCUGUAAUGAAAAAACUCAUAACCGAGAAGCGCCAACCCCACAAAAUAAAAAGUGUAACUCCAAAAGCACAUGGGAAGUGAUCCGCAUUUCUGAAGAUAUUAAAAACACAAUGUCUAUGAUGACACCACCUCCUCCACCUGUGUUCUCAUUAUUGAGGGUUGGUGAAAGAAUUGUGUGUUUAGUUCUUGACAGGUCUUCAAGCAUGAAAACUAAUGAUCGUCUAAUUCGAAUGAAUCAAGCAGUAAAACAUUUCCUGUGGCAAGUCGUUGAAAAUAGAUCCUGGGUGGGGAUAAUUGUUUACGAUAGUACUGCUGAAAUCCGAAGCAAACUAAAACAAAUAAUAAAUCAAAGUGAUAGAGAUACACUCGUGACAAAGUUGCCUACGUUUACUCAAGGAGGAAUUUCCAUUUGCUCGGGGAUUAGAAAGGCUUUACAGGAAAUUAAAUCACUAUAUCCACAAGUAAGUGGAUCUGAAAUAAUACUGCUAACAAGUGGAGAAAAUAACACUCCAAUUGACUGCACUGAAGAAGUGACACAAAGUGGAGUCAUCCUUCAUUCAAUUGCUUUGGGACCAAACGCAGACAAAAGUGUCACUGAAAUGAGUGUUCUAACAGGAGGAAAGCAUAUUUUUUCUACAGAUGUUCUUGAGAACAAUGGCCUCAUUGCAGCUUUCUCAGUCCUUACAUCAGAAAAUACACUUCUCUCUGAAAAAUCUCUUCAGCUUGAAAGUAGGGGGAAAACUCUCAACAGAAAUGAUUGGAUAAAUGACACUGUAGUCAUUGAUAGAAGCGUGGGAAAGGACACAUUCUUUGUUGUCACAUGGAAGCGACGUUCUCCCUUAAUUUUUCUCCGGGAUCCCAGUGGAACAGAGAUGGGAGCUUUCAACGAAGAUAAAGAUUCUAAAAUGAACUACCUCCGUAUACCAGGAAUUGCAAAGGCUGGCAUUUGGACUUACAGUCUUCAAUCAAGAGAAAACCAGGAAACACUAACUAUUACAGUAAAUUCUAGAGCAGCACAUCCUUUUGUGCCUCCAAUCACAGUAAGUGCUAAAGUGAAUAUUGAAAGCAACAGCUAUCCCAAAACAAUUGUUUAUGCAGAAGUUCUACAAGGGUUCACACCCAUUCUUGGAGCCAACGUGAUAGCUAUCAUUGAGUCAAAUUCUGGAAGUACAAUUUUGGAACUUUUGGAUAAUGGUGCAGGUAAUUUCAAGGAUGAUGGGGUCUACUCCAGAUACUUUACAGACUAUACACUAAAUGGCCGAUACAAUUUAAAAGUACAGGCUGACAGAGGUGCAGCUUGCAAUUAGAAGCUUAAAAACAUUUUUCCACCAGCUGCUUUUAUACCAGGCUGGGUAAAACAUUUUAUUCCAGGAGAAAUUCAAGUGAACCCACCAAGACCUGAAAUUGAUCAGUAUACAAAAGCAAACUUGGAAGAUUUCAGCAGAACAGCAUCUGGAGGUGCAUUUGUAUUUUCAAAUAUUCCAAAAUAUUUUGAUUCCUCCUCUAGUGACUAUUUCCCACCAAGUCAAAUUACAGAUCUUGAGGCCACACGUGAUGGGAAUACUUUCACUUUAACAUGGACAGCACCAGGAGAUGAUUUUGAUGUUGGAAAAGCUCAACAGUAUAUCAUAAGAAAAAGUGAAAAUAUCCUGGAUCUAAAAGACAAUUUUGAUGGUGCUGAAGAAGUUAGCACUAAGAAUCUGAUACCAAAAGUGGCAAACUCUAAGGAAAUAUUUGUAUUUGAACAAGAAAAUGUAACAGAAGAAAAUGCAACCUACCUAUUCUUUGCCAUUCAAAGUGUUGAUGAUAGCAAUCUGUCAUCUGAAAUAUCCAACAUUGUACAAGUAGCUUUGUUUACUCCUCAAGCUGACGAUGUGCCAGAGAAAAAUCAUUCUGGUUUUAGAAUUAAUACUUUUACUGUGGUGAUGAUGGUGGUUGGAUCUGUGGCAAUUGUUAGUAUUAUUGUAAGUACUACUGUGUGUGUCGUAAGCAGGAAAAGAAGUUCAAAUAGACCUAGUACAGGGUUUUAA